AUGGGCAUCCCUACAACACCCACCGAAGCCGCGCCAGCAUACGACGAUGUAAUCAACAACCACCCCACAAACCGCUACAUGCCAUCUGGCUCGCUCUCCGGCUAUACCACCAUCCCCCAAUCCGACGAAGCAGACCACCCCCCCUUCGCCCGCGAAACCUCGGACAUUGAACACCACGCCCACACCACCACCACCUCAUCUCCACCUCCUCCCCCUCCCUCACAGCAACAACAGCAACCAGAGACCUUCGCCCAAACAAUAACCAAACUCCUCCUCCCCCAGCCCGACUCGCAGCACAAGCACUGCGCCGUGUGCGACGAGCAGGUUCAUACGGCCGCGAGGCAGAAGAGGGAGAGUGAGCGUUACCGCUGUACGGUGGUUGCGGUGACGUUUAUUACGCUGUUUAUGUGUGGUAUGGUGUUGGGGGUUGUGAUUGUGAAUGCGAGUGCGAGGAGGAGUAGGGAGGGGAAUGGGGGGCAUUAA